UAAAAAAAAAAACAAUGGAGAGCAAGAAUAAAAUCAAACUUAAUUUCCACAAGAACAACUUUAUUUAUUAUCAUUUUUACUUUGUUCUCUAUUUGCAAUUGGAAUAUCUUCGCAAAGUUUUCGGUUACCUGUUCAAAUCGUCGGUGAAUCGAUAUCUGGCAGUGCUGAGCCUACUCGAAUAAACAAUACCUUAGUAUUAUUGCCAUAUUUUGCACUUGAUUAGAUGAACAUUUAAUUUUUCUGCUCUACAUGCUCCCUCUUCUGAGGACACUUGCAGUCUGUAUUAUAGAUCACUUUUAUUGCCAACUAACAGGAUAAUGAUUUCAUUACCACGUUAGGAGCGUACAUCUUCGACCCAUUUGGUUGUCAAAUAGAAUGAUCUUGUAUUGGUAACAUCGUAUACUAUCACUGCCACUUUCUAAUCCCUAAUAUAAUAUAGUAUUAUGGGACGUAAACGUUCUUGUCCAGCCUUAUCUUGUCCAGAUGUAUUGUACGAUCUUCUAAGUACAGGACUGAUAAGUGAUAAGUGACCUUGCACUUUGUAUCGAAACUGUCAUACAUGAACUGAACUAGAACUAAACUAGAACUGAAUUCUUGAUAAGAAAUAACAGAAAUACAUUUUGCUGGUGUACUCUAUUAUUGUGAACGUAGCUUUACUCAUUAUUAAAUAGAAAUUCUUCUUCUAAAUUUACUUUGCAUUUCUUAUUUUCUAUUUUAACCAUAAAUGGUGUAGAACUAAAAUAAAAACCCUACAAAAUAUAAACAAAGCACUGCAUUACCGACACUUCAUUAACUGGGCGUAAAGUGGCAACAUAUUAUAGUACAAAUAACGAUCUGGCAAGACUCUUAACUCUAAUCAUGUGUUGUAACCAAACAAAACAAAUAAAUAUUGUGGGUUUAAACGAAGAUUAAUCUCAUUUUCCUAAUUUUUCAUUAUUUUAUUAAAAGUUUAAAAAAAAACUUAACCUUUCGGUUAUUUUAUAAAAAUUUGAAAUUUACGCGCUCAAUAUGAUGUCGCAGAAUACAAAUUUGUUUGCUAAUGUUAAUGCAGAAAGAACAAAACGUAGCAGUAAUUUUUCCACCAAAGAAGUCAAGUAUCUAAUACAACUAGUGGACAAUAAAAAAGAAGUCAUUGAAUCAAAGAAAACUGACCGUACAACGUCGGAGGAAAAGGUUAAAGCAUGGUUGGAAAUUGAGGAAGAAUUUAAUGCAGUUUUUGAAGACUAUAGAUCGUUUAAGGUGUUAAAAACAAAAUAUGAAAAUCUUAAGAAAAACGUCAAACGUAAAUUGCCAACAAAUGUAUCGAAUUUGAGCGUAUUGAAAAUAAUACAAUCCGGUGAGCAUGCAGUAACAAAUGAGCCAUUAUCGGAUUUUGAGUAUGAUUUAUCAGAAGAUGACAACACUUUACACACUAGUAAUGCAUCCGAUGUUGAUAUGAAACCCCAACCGCCGCUUAAUGAACAAGAAUUAGAUGCAGCUGCUGAAGAGUAUGUAUUUGAAACACUGCUUUUUGGUGAAGCUCAAACUUCUACUUCUUCACCGUUGGCACAAAAACCUGUACCGAAGCCACCGUCACUUUCAGAACAACCAAAAUCUCAAUCGCUAACAAAAGUUGAAAAGAAAAAACCUGCCAUUGAUGUCUGGGAACAGGUUGCUCAUAAAAAAUUGAAAAAACUUGACUUAGAGAUGCAUGUUAUCGAAGAGGAAUGGAAAUUAAGAAAAAGAAAAUUAGAAUUAGAAGUUGAAAACGCACGAAUAGAAAAUCAAUUUAAAGAGGAAAAACUUAAACUAGAAUUGGAAUUACUUAAGCAAAAAUUGCAAAAUAAUAAUAAUAAUAGCUCUUAGGUAUAGCAGAUGUGAACGCUAUAUGUUAGCGUUAAUUAAAAAAGAUAAACCCAAAGUAUUUACAAUUACUAAGUAUGUUGUUGGUAUUAAAAUAAUUUAUAAUUUUCCUAAGAAAUCAAUAAUUUUGGACAAGUUAUUUAAUUAAAAAAAUCUUGUUAAAUAGUUAUUAAAACAGAAGACAUUAUUUAAUAAAUACAAUUAAACAAACAUACAUAUUCCUAGUAUUUCGCUAUCUG